UGUUUGUUUACUAUACAAAAUACAGCAUUUCUAGCAUUAUUCUAUUUUAGACUUUAGUUUGCCUUUAAGAAACAUCUCUAUGGCGUCAUUUGGGUUUAUUAUGGUUUUUGCAAGUCAAAAGGUUGAGCUGUAGUAAGCUUUGUAUUUUCUAGUUCUAAUAAUGGAAUUUUCAAAUGAUUAUUUUAGGAAACUGGUAUUUUUUAGUAAUUAUAUGCCAUUUCUUUUAUAUAUCUAUAUUUUGUUUGUGUGUACUUGUGAAAUGUUGCUAUAUUAAAGAGAGACAAUACAUUAUUAAAAUAUCCAAAAUAAUUAUGUGUCAAACUUGGGAAUACUUUGACUGGCAUACAGUUUUUCAUGUUAAGCAAGGGAGUUGUCUAAAUUAAAAAAAAAAAGUGCAAUUAACAUCACUAAGGGAAUGGCCAGCAAAACAGGGCUGUCAUGUUAUACUCUUGCACUUCUGUGUUUGUCUCCCUUCUAGCUUCAAUAGAAACCAUGCAGGAAGUGAUGAGCGCUAAAGGCCUACCUGCUGUGUGAGUAGUAUGAAUGGCACACAAGUAUGGGAUCGUAUGGGGCAGGGUCGGAGAUACCUAUGUUAAGAUGUACCAUUGCAGUUCAAAUCUGCUGCUUCUUUAGGGGGUCUGCAGAUCAGUCUUGUGUGGCCAGGGAGAAGCCAUUUGAUUACCUCCAUCCUUGUUAAAAUACUCUAAAUAUCUGAAAAUGUGGAUGUACAAUGUACUCUGGGAUACACCUUGUUUUAUUUAUUUAUAUAUUUAUUUUUGUGGCAAGAGAAUAAAUCAUGUGAAUGCCAAUACUGUACAUUUAUUGUAUAAGUAUUCUUUAUUUUUGAAUUACGGGAAGUUUGAAAUUAAUUUUAAUUACUUAUUCAACAAUAUAAUAUAUUUAGUUAACAGACACAGUUAACAGCCAGGUUCUGUUAUUUGCUUGCCCUCACUCGUAUCUACAACUGUUUUCCAUCCAAAGAAAUCUAUAUAUUUAGAAAGAACAGGUUUCACUCAGCUGUUACUAAAGGCUUUUUAUUUAUGCAAUGUGAGGUGAUAUUCUUUUAUGCUGUUGAGCUAUGUUAUGAGUAACUGGCAGCAAACUAAAAUAGGAUUCAUUGUUCUCUGUUUGGAAAAGACAUAUCGCUUGCAAAAGAGUGUGCCCUAAUAAAAUCUUUGUAGGCUGUGAUGUGCAAACUCGACUUGUAUGUUUGUUUGUUUGUUAUAUAUUUGAUUCAAUGCACCCUACAAUGCUUGCAGAAUUUAGUUAUUAAUUGUCCUUAUUUCUAUGUGCUAUUUAAUUUCUCAAGUAUAUCAUAGGAAAUAAAAUACUGAAUGGAAAAUGCAAAAACAUCUCUCUACUUUUACACCUUUAAAAUAGCAGUCAUGCAUUUCCGAUUCCUUUUUUGGCAUUUGUAGAAGCUAUAAUUUGAAAGCAUUCCAGGCUUCCUGAGUCUUUUCAGUUCAGUGAGGCUGGCAAUGUGUCUGCUCAGGGAUUGGAGGAAAGCUGUGUUCAUCUGUGUAAGAGCCCCAUCAUAAAGCAGUCACGUACUCCGUCUCGAAGAUCGACUAGGCUUGGAUUGCGUUACACUGCUGCAGUCAAAGACAUGGUUUGUGCUUAGGCAGCCAGCAUGGAAAGGAGCUACCCUCGCAAAGUGAUGGUGCCUGGGCACGAUGAAGAAGCUAUCGUGGACCUGGGAAAGACAAGUUCUUCAGUAAAUACCAAUUUUGAGAAGGAAGAACUUGAAAGUCACAGAGCUGUUUACAUUGGUGUUCACGUGCCAUUUGCCCGACAGAGUCAUAGGCGACAUAAACAUAGGGGUCACAGGCAUCACAGAAGAAGAAGAGAGAAAGAGAACGAUAAGGAGGAUGGAAGAGAAUCUCCCAACUAUGACACCCCUUCCCAGCGUGUACAGUUUAUUCUUGGCACUGAAGAUGAUGAUGAAGAGCACAUUCCUCAUGACCUGUUUACAGAAAUGGAUGAAUUGUGUUUCAGAGAUGGUGAGGAAUGUGAAUGGAAGGAAACUGCAAGGUGGCUCAAAUUUGAAGAAGAUGUAGAAGAUGGUGGAGACCGGUGGAGCAAGCCAUACGUGGCUACUCUUUCUUUGCACAGUCUUUUUGAGCUACGCAGCUGCAUACUUAAUGGCACAAUAAUGCUGGAUAUGAGAGCCAACACAAUCGAGGACAUUUCAGAUAUGUUGUUGGAUAACUUGACUGCAUCCGGUCAGAUGGAUGAAUCCAUUAGAGAGCAAGUCAGGGAAGCUCUUCUAAAAAGACAUCACCAUCAAAAUGAGAAGAAACUGAGUAACCGCAUUCCACUGGUCCGAUCCUUCGCUGACAUAGGCAAGAAACAUUCUGAACCUCACUUGCAUGAACGAAACGGGCUUCUGUCCUCACCACAGUCUGUAUCUGGAAAUUUGGAUUCUAGCAAAUCAUCAGAGCUGAAGCGGAAUCCAACAGGCGGAAGUCUGGAGAACAGUACAGUUGACUUCAGUAAGGUGGACAUGAACUUCAUGAGGAAAAUUCCAGCUGGAGCUGAGGCAUCAAAUGUCUUGGUGGGGGAAGUUGAUUUUUUGGAUCGGCCCAUCAUUGCAUUUGUAAGAUUAUGUCCGGCAGUCUUGCUUUCUGGACUCACAGAAGUUCCAAUUCCUACACGGUUUUUGUUUAUUUUACUGGGUCCAACCGGAAAAGGGGGACCGUACCAUGAAAUUGGAAGAUCAAUUGCUACUCUUAUGACUGAUGAGAUAUUUCAUGAUGUUGCUUAUAAAGCAAAAGAUCGAAAUGACCUUCUUGCUGGAAUUGAUGAAUUUCUUGACCAGGUGACAGUCCUACCUCCAGGAGAGUGGGAUCCAUCCAUUCGUAUUGAGCCACCAAAAAGUGUUCCCUCCCAGGAAAAGAGAAAGAUCCCAACCAUCCCAAAUGGGUCAACUCCACCAGGUGAAACCAUUAAGGAAGAGCAACAUCUCACUGGUCCAGAGCUGCAAAGGACUGGAAGGCUUUUUGGUGGCUUGAUGCUUGACAUCAAAAGGAAAGCACCUUUUUUCUUGAGUGACUUCAAGGAUGCAUUAAACCUGCAGUGCCUGGCCUCCGUUCUUUUCCUAUACUGUGCCUGUAUGUCUCCAGUAAUCACUUUUGGAGGUCUUCUGGGAGAAGCAACACAAAACAGAAUAAGUGCAAUAGAGUCUCUCUUUGGAGCAUCAUUAACGGGAAUUGCAUAUUCUCUGUUUGCUGGGCAACCUCUCACUAUACUAGGCAGUACUGGGCCUGUCCUUGUUUUUGAAAAGAUUCUGUUUAAAUUCUGCAAAGAUUAUGAGCUAUCUUACUUAUCCUUGCGAACAAGUAUUGGUCUAUGGACAGCAUUUCUAUGUCUGUUGCUGGUUGCAACCGACGCAAGCAGUUUAGUGUGCUACAUCACUCGAUUUACAGAAGAAGCAUUUGCUGCACUAAUUUGCCUUAUAUUUAUUUAUGAAGCAUUGGAGAAACUUUUCGAUUUAGGAGAGAAAUAUGCAUUCAACAUGAACAAUGACCUCGACCUUCUGUCAAAAUAUACUUGUAUGUGUACUGAGCCACUCAACCCCAACAAUGAAACCUUAGCUUUGUGGAGUAAAGCUAAUAUCACAGCAAGUGAGGUACCAUGGAACAACCUCACCGUCACUGAUUGUGUACAUCUGAAUGGUACCUUUGUUGGCUCUGCCUGUGGGCACCAUGGUCCAUAUAUACCAGACGUUUUCUUUUGGUCAGUUAUUUUAUUCUUCACAACUUUCUUCCUGUCAUCUUUCCUGAAGCAGUUCAAGACUAAAAAUUAUUUUCCAACAAAGGUGCGCUCUACUAUCAGUGACUUUGCAGUGUUUCUGACAAUAGUGAUUAUGGUUCUUAUAGACUAUUUGGUGGGGAUUCCUUCUCCCAAACUUCACGUUCCUGAGAAAUUUGAGCCUACUUUAAAAGACAGAGGCUGGAUAAUUGAUCCUUUGGGUAAAAACCCUUGGUGGACAUUACUAGCAGCAGCUAUUCCAGCCUUGCUUUGUACAAUUCUCAUCUUCAUGGAUCAGCAGAUUACUGCAGUCAUCAUAAACCGGAAAGAACAUAAGCUGAAGAAAGGCGGUGGAUACCAUCUUGAUCUAUUCGUGGUUGCCAUUAUGCUUGGAGUGUGUUCAAUAAUGGGACUACCAUGGUUUGUUGCUGCAACUGUGCUAUCCAUCAGCCAUGUUAACAGCUUGAAAGUGGAAUCUGAAUGCUCUGCCCCCGGAGAGCAGCCAAAAUUCUUAGGAAUAAGAGAACAGCGAGUAACUGGCCUUCUGAUCUUUGUUUUGAUGGGGCUCUCAGUUUUCAUGACUUCUGUUUUAAAGUUUAUACCAAUGCCAGUCCUGUAUGGCGUUUUCCUUUAUAUGGGUGCUUCAUCUCUCAAGGGCAUUCAGCUUUUUGACAGAAUCAAACUGUUUGGAAUGCCAGCCAAACAUCAGACGGAUCUAAUCUACUUGCGCUAUGUACCUCUCUGGAAGGUUCACGUUUUUACAGUUAUUCAGCUUACUUGCCUUGUCCUUCUGUGGGUUAUUAAAGCCUCUUCAGCUGCUGUUGUGUUCCCAAUGAUGGUCCUUGCUCUUGUUUUCAUUCGCAAACUUUUGGACUUCAUCUUUACCAAAAGAGAAUUGAGCUGGUUAGACGAUCUGAUGCCUGAGAGUAAAAAGAAGAAGGAAGAUGAUAAGAAGAAAAAAGCAAAAGAAGAAGCCGAAAGAAUGCUCCAGGCUGAAGAGAGUGAUGUACAAAUUGAUUUUGAAGGAAGGAACCUCCUUCAGCUUCCAGUCAAGAACUUGAAAUACAGCCUUGACCCUUCUGUUGUAAACAUAUCAGAUGAAAUGGCUAAAACUGCUCAAUGGAAGGCUCUUUCCAUGAAUCCAGAGAGUACCAAAGUAAACAGACCUAACCUAAGCCCAGAUAAACCCGUGAGUGUGAAAGUCACCCUAGAAGACACCUCAUCGAGGAAAAAUGUGGAUGCUGAGACUUCCCUAUAGAACUUGGCAAAAAGUGUCUGAGAAAGUAUGACUGUAGUGACUAUAUGUAUGAUUGUAGUGAAUAUAUGUACUGUAUGAUUGUAGUGACUAUAUGUAUGAUUGAGAAAAUAUAAGACUGAGUGAAGAAAGAAACCUAAAAUACUGUACACCUCGUAAAUUAUUAGCACUGUAAAUACUAUAUAAGAAAUGAACAGGCUCAGGAUCAACACUCAAAAAUUAUUUAUUCAUUAGGAACUUUUAUAUAAUUUUUACAAUGGAUUUUAUGGUGUAUUUAAAAGUCUGUCAGGAUGCUAAAGUGUUUUUGAAGGGACAUUUUGACAGGAAGUGCUACACACAUGACCCGAUUUGUCAUUCCUGUACUUUAUAUAACAAAACUAUUUUACCAUUAUAUAUUUUUUUUAUCUUAUUUUUUUCUUCUGCCUUCUUUGCACUUCUAAUGGAUGCUAAAAAAGUUCUCCCUUUGUUCCUGCCCUGGCAAUCCAGCAACAUGACCAUCCUAAAGUCGGCAGCCUUGAUAUGCUCAGGGUAUUGCCCAAGAACUGCAUUGGUCCCAGUAUGCAGUCGUGGGUCUGUACAGGCCCUCCCAAAUUGUUUACCUAACGGUCAGACUAUAGGAUCAGCCUAAUUUAGCCUGCCACUAGUACUGAGUCUCAGCUGUUAAGAAGCCUGCCAAAAUGAGCAUAUAGUACAGCUGUGAGUGCACUUUUCACUGUUACUCAUAGAUUAACUCGCUAUUCCUGAUUGUCUACCAUAUUAGGAGAAUCUAAAAAUAUUCAAGCUAAAUUCAAGUUAAGGGAAAUAAGUUUCAGUUUCUAGCUAUUUUCCUAUUCUAUCAUUUGCCACAUGUUUUGCAAAUGUGGAACAAGUUUGUGGUUGCCUCUGUGUUACAAGGAUUAUCCACAGUAUUUCUGUUUUUUUGCCCUAAGCAAUAAUUUGCUCUGUUUUAGUGUU